AUGGCUCAGAGAGAGCGAACAGAGAUAAGGGACGAUCAGAGAAACACUCUUAAAUCCUUCUAUAAGGAGGGAAUGACAGGUGUUGGCUCGCCCUUGGUACAACAAGCUGUAGCAGCAACCGGUCUUGACAUCUGUGUCAUACAAAACUGGAUUGGAAAUUACAAGAGAUCCCAAAAAGGUUCUGAGACCCGGCCCUCAAAGCCAAAGUUUUACACCCGGGAUUUGUCACCAUACAACCUUUUUUGCAGGGAUGUUCUCCGAAAGAAAGGGACUAUGAAGGAUAUAAAAGGCAGGUGGUCCACACUAGAGGAGAAGCAGAAAGACAAAUAUAAACAGGAAGCAGCAGCGCUGAGGGCACAAGGGCAAGAUUUUAGCAUUGAAAUGAGGGAGCUCAAAAUAAAAAAAAAUCUGAACCAGCUGAAAUUACAGGUGUCCAAACUUGAGGAGUUGGGUGUUGAGACGGCCAUUUUAUCUUUUGACCGACAAAAGUCUGGCCUAGAGGUCUACGAAGUCAGCAGCAAAGGGGCAGCUGACUUCCUUGACUCCACAGACACAGCAAACAACUUUGCACUGCACUUCAAAGCCAAUUCCUCUUGCCCUACCGACAGCACCACCCACAGCAACAAAGGUCAAGUCAAUGACCUGGUUAAGAAAGUGCAGGACCUCUUCAAUCAAAGAUAUAAGGAGGCUGGAGGUUCUGGAAGGCUCCCUUACCAGGCGUUGUUAAACCGAGGCCUGACGGUAGUUGGACUGCCAAAUGGCCUUGGUCUAAGGAAGCCAUCUUUUUAUGGAAGAAACCAAUUAGAUGCCAUUUUGAAAGAUGCUGAGCAGAUUUCAUUUGAAAUUAGUGAGUCAUAUUUAGACUUACUAGUGGCAGUUGUAUUUCUGCAUGCUAUUUCGCUAUUUGAACACUGA